CUAUAUUGCCAAAAGUAUUGGGACGCCUACCUUUACACGCACAUGAACUUUAAUGGCAUCCCAGUCUUAGUCCGUAGGGUUCAAUAUUGAGUUGGCCCGCCCUUUGCAGCUAUAACAGCUUCAAACUUGUGGGAAGGCUGUCCACAAGGUUUAGGAGUGUGUCUAUUGGAAUGUUUGACCAUUCUUCCAGAAGCACAUUUGUAAGGUCAGGCACUGAUGUCAGACGAGAAGGCCUGGCUCUCAGUCUCCACUGUAUUUCAUCCCAAAGGUGUUCUAUUUGGUUGCGGUCAGUACCCAAGUCAAGUUCCUCCACCCCAAACUCGCUCAUCCAUGUCUUUAUGGACCUUGCUUUGUGCACUGGUGCGCAGUCCUGUCAGAACAGGAAGGGGCCAUCCCCAAAC